UUCAUCCGGGUCACUCGUUCAAAUCGGAAUCAGUCGCUCGGCUCGUAAAUAGGGACUCAGUACACAGCGUCUUCGGAUGUGGAUUCGUCAGUGAUUUUAGUGAUUUAGAGGGGUGUGAAUAUCUGUGGGAUUAAUGUAUCUAUUCAGUAAUUUCAGGACUUCAUUCUGAUUCUUUUGGAUUAUAAUUUGUGUGUUAUUUGGAGUAUAUCGGCCGAUUGUAAGCACCACCAAACAGAAACAUGGGGUGUGUUACCAGUCAAGAAGACAAAGCCGCGAUUGAGAGAUCGAAAAUGAUCGACAAAACUCUCCGAGCUGAUGGCGAAAAGGCAGCGAGAGAAGUUAAACUCCUAUUGUUAGGUGCGGGAGAAUCAGGGAAAAGUACCAUCGUCAAACAGAUGAAAAUUAUACAUGAAAAGGGGUAUUCGCAAGAAGAAUGUUUACAGUAUAAGCCAGUGGUGUACAGCAACACGAUCCAGUCAAUGAUUGCAAUCAUCCGCGCCAUGGGGCAGCUCAAAAUCGACUUCGGACACCCAGAUCGGGCGGAUGAUGCACGCCAGUUCUUCUCGCUGUCUGGGAAUGCUGACGAGGGGGAGCUGUCGGCAGAGGUGGCCACACUGAUGAAGCGACUCUGGAAGGACCUCGGUGUACAAGAGUGCUUCAGUCGAUCUCGAGAGUACCAGCUCAAUGACUCAGCAGAAUACUACCUGAAUGCUCUGGACCGUAUCUCCAACCCUGGCUACAUCCCCACAGAGCAGGAUGUGCUGAGAACAAGAGUGAAGACAACUGGCAUCGUAGAGACACACUUCACAUUUAAAGAUUUACAUUUCAAAAUGUUUGACGUUGUCGGCCAGCGGUCUGAGAGGAAAAAGUGGAUCCACUGUUUUGAAGGUGUGACUGCCAUCAUCUUCAUCGUAGCCAUGAGCGAGUACGACCUCACUUUAGCUGAGGAUCAGGAGAUGAACCGUAUGAUGGAGAGUAUGAAGCUGUUCGACUCUAUCUGCAACAACAAGUGGUUCACCGACACCUCCAUCAUCCUCUUCCUCAACAAGAAGGAUCUGUUUGAGGAGAAGAUCAAGAAGUCAGCCCUCACUAUCUGCUUCCCAGAGUUUACAGGCUCCAACACCUACGAGGAAGCAGCGGCCUACAUCCAGCUCCAGUUCGAGAACCUCAACAAACGCAAGGACACAAAGGAGAUCUACACCCACUUCACCUGUGCCACGGACACCAACAAUGUGCAGUUUGUUUUUGAUGCUGUCACUGAUGUCAUCAUCAAGAACAACCUCAAAGAUUGUGGUCUCUUCUAAGCUUAAACUGUGGUCACGUGUCUGUGCAUCACUCGUGUGAGCUGUUGUCAACUUGGUGUUGAAAUCUACACGUAUGACUGAUGUCUCUAGCCGCCACCAGGGGUCACUGUGUUAGUGGAUUGUGACGCUCGUUAAAUCUGUCAUCAUUUGUCUGCAUGAACACUGUCACGUCUGCGCCAACUUGGAAACACUUGCCAUAUCAUGUUGGAAGACAUUGCAGAACAAGCUCCACGGAACUUGUCCGAACAAUUCAACAUUUUGUACAAAUAUCGUCAUUUUGUUUGAUUGCCGAAACUGUGUGGACUUCCUGUUCAACUGUUACUGGUUUGUGGUGAGGUGCGAUCACAGUACACGAUAACAGGACACGAUAACAGUAUGGUGGGAAUCAUGGCACCGAUCUGUCGUCACGGCAACAUUAAAUGUUAACUUUCCUUCAUACUGAAUACUGUGCAUGAACAUAUAUGGCCAGAAUUUAGCUGAUCUGUACAGCAGUGUUAUUCGUCUGAUACAAUACCUACACAGCACUUCAACUAUACUGUUGUCAUUCACAAACAACAAAAUGUCCAUGAACCUGUAUCCCAUUUGUACAUCUUUGAGGUUUCUUCGGGAAUUACUUUGUUUUCCAUUUGAUAUUUUAAUUUUGUGUGAAUGUAUUUCGACUUUGUGAAACAUUUGUUUUAUUGGUAGCGAUGGUUUUAUUGUUAUUUGCGAUCUUCGGUAUUACGAAUUCAUGAAAUUAAUCUUGGAAUGAAUAAACAGAGCAUGGUUAAUUUAAAAGGUAACGAGAUCGGUUAGUCAUUGAUUAAGAACAAAAUAUCUCUAAGGUGACAUUUUGUCGAACAAAUUAUGUAUAAAGGCUUGUAAAUGACUGUGUUAGGGUUGACAGGUCUGGUGUAUGAUCUUUCAUCUGUUGAAUGAUUUUAUAAGGAAAUAGUGCAAUCUCUGACCUAUAUUGACUCACCUGUAUGUACAGCCUUUCUUAGUCUGAACUGGUCAGAUAUUCAGCCUUCCUGUCUCCAUGGUUACAUGAGGGUCUCGAUGGGGUGCUGCAUUCAAGUUUUCAAGAAAUAGAUUAUUUUCACCUGUGAACAAGAAUAUUGAUGCAAAAUGUCACUGUGUGGCAGAAAUGACUCAAAACACCCACAUAUCUGUUCUAUCAGUAAAUAUUAGAGUCGCCAUGAUGGCCCACCUUUGAGACCCUCAUGUUGUCACGGCAACAAUUCUGUGCAAUUACUAUGAUGUUUACAAUGUAAGCUAUAUUGUGUAAACUUGUGGCUCUGUGUUUUGCAUCUCUGUUGCUUAUGUAAAUGUCUUUAUUGGAUGUUAACAUUCGAACGUUUAGAUUCAGGAGAUUUUUUCGAAGGUGGAAACACAAACCAAUUUCCCAAAUUGGGUCAAAUUCAUGAAUAUUCAUGAGCUCAAACCCACAGCAUUACCUUAUAUGGAGCCAGUAUUUGGGUGUAUCCAUAAGGAAUCCGACUAUUAUAUGGCCACUUGAGGAGUAAGUUGGUGGAACACGCACACAAACAGAUUUUCAGACAUCUUAUCUGUUGACUGUGUCCUCAGACAAGUAUUUCUGGAUUUAGGUAUAUCCGGGUUUUUCAAUUUUGUAUCCAACUCUGUUAUGGGCAAUUACUAUAACUAGCAGAUUGUCAUAUAUCUGAUAAUUGGAAACAAGAACAUAAAGAAAGGAUCAUCCGUAUAUUAAAAGAAAUCCUGAAGGUAUGCAGGUGUUUUCCUUUCUGUUAAGUCCAACAGUGAUGUCAAAGAAAUAGUUUUCAUGUGUCUCCUCUGAUGCAAACAUUCUUGAGCACAAAGCACGGGUGUAAUCAUAGCCACUCUACUCUCUCUUCGUAGAAUGCAGAUGUAACAGGUACACGUAACUAAUUAAACUAUUACACUAAUUUACAAGGUAGAUUUAUGUAUAUGUUUGGACAGGACCUGUCUGAAGGAUUGUUUUUUUUAAACCAAGUAAACACAUGACUUGAUGUAAAUCCUAUUUUUUCUAUUUCAUUCUAUGAUGGAAGUUUGAGGGAGAGGAAGACGGUUCCCUUCAAAAUGCUCAUAUUGUCCAUGGGAGUUCUCUUAUGUGCAAAAUGUUCAUUCCACAUGACCAGUGCAUUUCAGAAAUCAAACCCUGCAGUCUGGCGCCGCCGUGCCAAUGACACCACCGAGGCCUGAAAUGGUUCAACAAGACCAGGGUUGAUGUUUUCAUUUAUGUCAGUAUCAAAUUUGAAAUUCAUUUGUGCAUAGUGUUUACAAAGAUCUGAAUCUUACGAUCUGCUACAGUGUUAAUCAGAGUUCAAUUAUUUUCUCUCAUGAAUACAAAUCAGCUUUCAUAUUUGUUUUGUGAAGUCAUUCCACUUUAAAAUAUUCAGUAUGGGCAGGACCAACAAGCAUAGCAUAUUCCAAGGUGUGUUCCUUCAGCUUCUUGAAAUAUGAUCACCAUUUAAGGAAUUUUUGUUUUUGAUAUUUUUUACUGAGUUUUGAAACUUUGUUUGAAAUAACAAGCUCCAGAUUGGAUUUUGUGGAACAAGGAUGUCGUAGGUCACUAGAACUAGGUCCAAAGUUAAACUGUUCUGGAACUAGGUCAGUGCAAGGCUUUGGAACAUAAUUUGGAAAGAGGUAAAAUUACAACAUGUUAAAGUGAGGAACUUGGCUCAGAAUUCCGAUCAUGGAGCUAGGUAUAUGGCCGGAGUUAUGGAACUAAAACUCUGGAACAAGAUCAUAAGCUAAAUUAUGGGAAAAUGUAAGAAACAAAGUUCAUGUUUAACAUCUUUGAGCUUGAUCCAUGGUUAAAAUUUUGGAUGUACACUGCUGCUCAUAAAUAAUUCCCUCUUUAUCACAAUUAGUGAUAGUAAUAGUCCGCUUAUAUGGUGCUGAUAUCCAGACACAUUGCCUGCUGUCGGCGCUACGUACAUUAGCUGUACAUUAGUACACAAUUGUACUGUUUUGGGUUAUAACCACUAACUUACUGUUGUAUUACUGUUGUGAUUCUGCAAUCAUAUCACAGUGGUACUGCAUUAAUAGCAUAAAAGGGUAGGAUAUUGUGAGCAGUAGUGUAGGUCCAGAUGCAAAGUAUUGGAGCUUGGUCCAGAGCUAGGUUCAAGGUCAAGGCCAUGUGACACACCAAGGCUGUUCAAAGGGCACUUGGAUUCACACUCUUCGAAAUGGGGGCCAACAUAAAUUUGGUGUGUUUGCUGUAAUUAUCAACAAAUGUGCAUUGAACAGGAGUUGGAAUUUGAUACUGAAUUCAGUUUUGAGAAUGUAGGAUUGACAAAAUCAUUAUCCUGCACACAAUGUCCAAAUCAACACAUUGUUUCCAGAUCUCAUCAUGAUACAGUUAUAUCCAAAUCUUGCUGCCUUGGUGUGUCACACGUUUGAAACGAUGUCAAAUGAUCUUAUCCCUUUGGUGAGAAAUCAUAUUCAGGAAGCUGGUCUGUCACCUCCGUCAAAGCUUUAGCAUCCACAGACAAGGAAACUACAAACUGUUACACCCCGUGAAUGUGUGAAAUUUUAUUGAUACAAAUUGCUUACUAUGAAGUUAAUGUUUUAUGAAAAGAUGUCGUGUAGCUCCAGCCUUGUGUCAAGCAUGCCUUGAAAAAUCGUUGCUUUAAGCAGGUCGCAUCGACCUUUCUCCUGGAUUCUAUAUUCCCUCAUGUUUUCAUUUUGUUACUGUCCUUUUUAUUAUUCAAAGGCAUCAUGAUUAAACAUUGCAAAUGUGAAUCAUUAUAUAAUCAGCUGACUUGUAUGAAUAAAACUUCCACCUUCUCAACCUAUUGUAAGGAAAGCGGCAUCAUCAAGACAACUUCAUCCACUUUCUAAAACAACAUUGAUAUAAAGAUCAUGAGAUCAUCAUCUCAUUGAAUAUUUUGUACGUGGUCAUAUUCUAAUUUCUUUCAUCUGUGUCUCGGCAUGGAUCAUUCAAGUUGCUCUUCCAUGUGUACAGUUUGUAAUAUGUAGGAAGAUGUAUUUAUGCGAAAAAUAUGUAUUCUUUUUGAUUCUUUACAACAAAAGUUUACUACCAUACUGCUGGGUUGAAUUGAUCAGGACUCCCCGCUCAUACGCAAGCUGUGUGAACAAUCUGGCUGUAUAUCAGCGUAUAUCAGCAUAUAUCAUAUAUCCAGAAUCUCCAGUGAGGUCACUUUUCCAAAGUGAAAUUAUUUUUGAUUUUCAGCAAUUAUUUUUGCCCCCUUAUUGCCAAAUGUUCCACCGAUAUUGUAUUUUUCAGUGUUUUCAUAGCGGUAUUAUUACCAAAUAGUCUUGAUGAACAACAGGGUUGAUAAAUGUCCUCAUUCAGGGCUGGUAUGCUAUCACAUUGAACCCUGAUCAAGGAUAUUUACCAUUUCCUGUUUUGUAGUCUAUACAGUAUGCAUGAUCCUAAAAACUGGACUACAAAGUUCAUUUAGAUGAACCAGAUACUGUGGUCGUUGACCUUGACCUUGAGAUUCAGAUUCAGUUUGCACGGCUGCUGGAUGCUCUACUUACGUUCCUACUCUUUUUAGUUAUUUUGUAAACAUUUAUGCUCUCCUGCUUUUCUGACUAUCUUCUCCUGUACUAUUUAUUUCCGUCUUUGCAGUCAGUGUCUGUAAUUUUACCACAUUUUGUUGUUUGUAUGGUAUAUGUAACCCGUGAUGUAAUGCUUGUUGAUAGAGAAUAAAUUUUAGAUACAAUUCC